CCGCAAGGAUAUCAUCCGGAUGAACCCGUCUCGAUUCGAAAUCGGACCUGUCUACAACACCAACCCCCGAGAUCGCAAGACGCUCCGCGGCGGCCAGUUGAAGCCCAUCUCCAAGGAACUCGUCUUCGAUAUUGAUCUGACGGAUUACGAUGACAUCCGCUCCUGCUGUACGAAAGCCAACAUCUGCGGCAAAUGCUGGGCAUUUGUGACCAUGGCGAUCAAGGUCGUCGAUACGGCCCUCCGCGACGACUUCGGCUUCGAGCACAUCCUCUGGGUAUACUCCGGUCGCCGCGGUGCGCACGCCUGGGUGUGCGACCCCCGCGCGCGCAGCCUGCCGGACGACCGACGCCGGGCCAUCGCCGGGUACCUGGACGUGGUGCGGGGCGGCAACAGCAGCGGCAAGCGGGUGAACCUGAAGCGACCGCUGCACCCGCACAUGGCGCGCAGCCUCGACAUCCUGAAAUCCCACUUCGCGCAGACGACGCUGGUCGACCAGGACACCUUCCUCGGCCCCGAGCAGGCGCAGCGCCUGCUGGCCCUCCUGCCGGACAAAGGGCUGAACGAGUCGCUGCGCAAGAAGUGGGAGUCCUCGCCCGACCGCACCAGCGCCAAGAAGUGGGCCGACAUCGACGCCCUCGCCAAGACGGGCAAGAGCAGCACCCUGAACCCGACCACGCUCCGCGACGCCAAGCAGGACAUCGUGCUGGAGUACACUUACCCCCGGCUGGACUCCGAGGUCAGCAAGAAGAUGAUCCACUUGCUCAAGAGCCCGUUCGUCAUCCACCCGGGCACGGGCCGCGUGUGUGUCCCCAUCGACGCCCGCAAGGCAGAGCAGUUCGACCCCCUCUCGGUGCCGACGGUGACGCAGCUGCUCGCCGAGAUCGAUGCGUGGGAUGCGGAGCAUCCGAGCACCAAUGCCGGACUGGAGGCGGCCGAGGGCGAGGGUAGUAUCGCGGACUCGGACGCGAGGGGAAGCCGCAGAGUACAGGAUUAUGAGAAGACGAGCCUGAAACCAUACAUCGACUACUUCCGCUCCUUCAUCGCCGGUCUUCUCAAGGAAGAGCGUGGUGGCAAACGGGAACGGAAUGAGGACGUUGAGGAGACAAAGCCUGAGAGUAUGGAGUUCUAGGCUUCUGAGUUUCGCCUCCUAGGUGAAUGGCGGUCUUUAUGGUUUUAAUUCUCUCAAGCCCUAGCCUGGGUAGCAUUAUUUUUGGGUAUAAUCUUGGAGCAAUUUGGGAGUAUGUCCUUUGAAAGUGAAUAUUUCAGGCGUUCGAAGAAGGGUCACGGGGCCUUUCCCCUGUGUUUUGUGUAAAUAUUGUGAUGGUUCUUACUCUUCUAUUCAUUUCCGACUGCAGACUGAGCUCAAUAAGUGGUUAUGAGAAUCAAUACGAAUCAACAUGAGCC